UGAUUCACCAAUGGAGUACAAGAUGGACCACGAGAGGCGAGGCUUGGCGUUAAUCUUCAACCAGGAAGUCUUUACGCGUAGAUCUUUAAAGAAACGCUGUGGCACAAAUAAAGACAGAGACAACCUCACGGAAAGAUUUCAAGCCUUAGGGUUUGAAGUAAAUACCUACAAUGACAAAACUAAGAAGGAGGUGCUAACAGAAUUACGUAAAGCUGCUGCAGCCAACCAUGCAGAUGCUGACUGCUUUGUCUGCAUUUUCUUGACUCAUGGGGAAGAAAGGAAAAUUUCCGCCUGCGAUGAUGACAUUCAUAUUAAGGAUAUAACAGAUCUGUUCAGAGGAGAUCAGUGCAAGAGCCUUGUUGGGAAGCCCAAGAUCUUCAUCUUCCAGGCAUGCGCUGGUGAGAAAUAUGAAGAUGCUGUGACCGGCAUGAUGGCAGGGGACAGUGAUGAUGAGGAAGAGGUAGAGGAAGCAGCUAACAUCUACACUGUCCCAGCAGGGGCAGAUUUCCUCAUGUGUUACUCUGUAGCAGAGGGAUUCCGUUCAUUCCGUCAUGUAGAGUCUGGAACGUUCUACAUUCGGGAUUUAUGUGAAACACUGCAAGAGCAUGGCUCAACUAUGGAGUUCACCGAGCUCCUGACACUGGUCAACCUGAAGGUCUCCAGACAUGAAGUCACCUAUAAAGGUGAAAUAAAAAAACAGAUGCCCUGCUUCACCUCUUUGCUGACUAAAAGACUCUACUUUACAUGCAAGAAAUAGUAAAGCACCUACUCCCAGCGCAUUACUCAAUAAACAUUUUUGACUUUUUUUUUUAAUCGACAUUAACUAUGAGAUGACACUUAACAUAACUCCAGGUGUGAGCUACGAAACCAACCACUAAGCUACCACUAACAACCAUGGAAACAACCAUUGAGUUGACCCAAUCUGUUGGCUGUGACACACGUGCUAAAUGUCCACCUGCUUCCAUCUCUUGGAGUUUCACCUUUAUUUUUGGAAGUAAGGCUGUCUUCUAGGACCAUGAACUACAGGUUUCACUGAUGGGUCUAUCUUGAUCGAAUAGGUUCCUGGAAGGGUACCCACUGCAUUCUUCACCUCAGGAUAUUGGUGAAAAAGUUAUUGUAAGUUUGGAUCCAAUGCAUGCACAUGUUACAAGACGUAGAACUGCACAUGCUUUGCCAGAUAAUGUUGGUUCAUAUGGGCCAUCCACUAUGUAGAACUUUUCUUCAUGUGACUUAUCCUUGUACUGUGUAGGGAAGAACAUAUAACCUUUCGGGAUCAGUCUGUGCUUUGUGUAUGAGAAAAGGUGUGUUUUGGUUUUAUGCAAAGGCACAUCAGGUGAUGCUUUCUUCAGUUGUUCUAUGUUUAGAACAUUUGCUUUCGCACCCAUGUCUAACACACAGCAGAGUGACGCAUUACCAGUUUGCAUAGUCUCACACCAGUCAUCACUGUGCUUUUCUAGAUUUGGCUCCACACUGUAAAAAAUAGAAUUACGCUUUGUUCAAGUAAUUCCAUAUUCACAAUUGAAUGGACAAGAAAAUAUGAAUAAUUAUUAACGAGCAGAAAAAUCCACAUCAAACUGAUAGGGUGCACCUCAAUGAUGUGUAAAUAUACAAUAGUGAAUAAUCUGAAUUGAAAAUACAUAAUUACCACAGGUGUUUAUUCAGCGCAUGCUCUUAAUGACCAAGACACGGGGUUUCCUCUCCCAAAUGCAAGGGCUGGGCAAUGUGGUUCUCUCUCCGGUUGAAGUUCAUGUUGACAUGUUGAACCUUAUGGCAUUUAGGUUGUGCAGGCCCAUGUUCUGAACCAGCCAGUGUGUAUUUAGGCUGUGCAGGGUCAUGUUCUAAGUCAAUCUGCAUCUUAACAGUUAGAAGGGCCAUGUCCCCCCCAUGCACCCUCGUACCUGACUGAUCUCCUCCAUCGACACUCCCCCACCCGCCGACUACGCUCUGCAGAUGCCAACCUCCUCACUCCUAUCACCACGUCCAAGUACCGGACCCUCGGAGACAGAGCCUUCGCCAUCACUGCCCCUACCCUCUGGAACUCCCUCCCCCUGGCCAUCCGUAACUCUGAUACACUACUUUCCUUCAAGCGCCAUCUCAAAACCCACCUGUUCAAGACUGCUUAUGACACUUGAUACGUCACCUUCCUGCAGAUCACCUUCUUUAUCUAUUGUCUGUGUCUGUGUGUGUGUGUAUGGGUGUAUGUUUGAAUCUCCUGUAAAGCGUCUUUGAGUACCAUGAAAAGCGCUAUACAAAACAGAUGUAUUAUUAUUAUUAUUAUUAUUAUUAUUAUGAAUGUUUUGACAUGGAUGUAGCUUGUGUUUCAGAGCAGCUAGAUUAGAAUGACAAGUCGCCCCAAUUACAAGUGCACCUAUUAUUGCACUGUAGCUUGGCCUGUGAAACCAAGUUCAAGUAUUGAAGGGCCAUGUUUUGAUUAAAGAAAUGAAACCUCAUGUAGCCUAUUCAUGCUUAAAAAGACGGAAAAUAGAUUGAACUCAGGGGGCAUGAUGCGCUGUAAUUAUACAAAUACUUGAUUUUGUUCAAAAGUGCUUAUUGAAAUAAAG